AAUUUGCCGGAUCUUUCAUCGACGAAUUGUCAUCCUUGCACGUGAAGUUAAUAGGAAAAAACCGCACUUAACUAAUAAAAUACCAGUAAUUAUAGCGAAAAAAUGUUGUCCGCAGCGCGAGUGUUCACCAAAGCCACCGUACAAUGCUCGAAAGUUUCGCAAAGUGCCUCCUUCACCAGGCAAAUCGCUUCUGCGUUUAACACGAAUUUGACCCCCAGCGCCUGUCUUUGCUCCCGAUACGACCAAUACCGUUUCAAGUCAGAUGCAAUUCGUGGGGCCGUCAUCGGUAUCGACUUGGGUACCACCAAUUCCUGCGUGGCUGUUAUGGAAGGCAAGCAGGCUAAAGUGAUUGAAAACUCCGAAGGUUCCAGAACCACCCCUUCAGUAAUUGCUUUCACCAAGGACGGAGAGCGGCUUGUUGGAAUGCCUGCUAAACGACAAGCAGUUACCAACUCCGCAAACACCUUUUACGCCACCAAGAGGCUGAUUGGCAGGCGGUUUGAUGAUGCCGAAGUGAAGAAGGAUAUGAGCAACAUUUCCUACAAAAUCGUCAAGGCAAGCAAUGGGGAUGCGUGGGUUCAAGCAACUGAGGGAAAAAUGUAUUCUCCUAGUCAAAUUGGGGCGUUCGUCCUCAUUAAGAUGAAGGAAACUGCUGAGGCCUAUUUGAACACAAAGGUGAAAAACGCUGUGGUCACUGUGCCAGCUUAUUUCAACGACUCCCAAAGGCAGGCCACUAAGGACGCUGGACAAAUCGCCGGGUUAAACGUACUGAGAGUGAUCAAUGAACCCACUGCCGCUGCUCUUGCCUAUGGCAUGGACAAGACCGACGACAAAAUUAUUGCAGUCUACGAUUUGGGAGGCGGCACUUUCGAUAUAUCAAUUUUGGAGAUUCAAAAGGGUGUAUUCGAAGUCAAGUCUACCAACGGCGACACCUUCUUGGGCGGGGAGGAUUUCGACAACGUCCUGGUCAACCAUUUAGUGUCUGAAUUCAAAAAGGAACAGGGAAUCGACGUAACCAAGGACCCGAUGGCAAUGCAGCGCUUGAAGGAAGCAGCCGAAAAGGCCAAAAUCGAACUUUCUUCGGGACUGCAAACUGACGUCAACCUGCCCUACUUGACCAUGGAUGCUUCAGGCCCUAAGCAUAUGAAUCUCAAGCUAUCAAGGUCCAAAUUCGAAAGCCUUGUUGGAGAUCUGAUUAAGAGAACCAUUUCCCCCUGCCAGAAGGCGCUGAAAGACGCCGAGGUUUCCAAGGCAGAAGUCGGCGAAGUCUUGCUAGUUGGAGGAAUGACCAGAAUGCCCAAAGUCCAAUCAACAGUCCAGGAAAUUUUCGGCAAGCAACCCAGCCGAGCUGUGAAUCCAGAUGAAGCCGUAGCUGUGGGAGCCGCGGUCCAAGGCGGUGUUUUAGCCGGCGAUGUUACCGAUGUACUUUUGCUCGAUGUAACUCCCCUUUCGUUGGGUAUUGAAACCCUUGGAGGCGUCUUUACCAGGCUGAUUACCAGAAAUACCACCAUCCCCACCAAAAAAUCGCAAGUCUUCUCCACGGCAGCUGAUGGCCAAACCCAAGUGGAAAUCAAGGUGUUUCAGGGAGAGCGUGAAAUGGCCGCCAGCAACAAAAUCUUGGGGCAAUUUUCAUUGAUUGGAAUCCCACCUGCCCCAAGAGGAGUUCCCCAGAUUGAAGUCACCUUCGAUAUUGAUGCCAACGGGAUCGUGCACGUUUCUGCCAGAGACAAGGGAACAGGAAAAGAACAGCAAAUUAUAAUUCAAUCUUCCGGCGGCCUGAGCAAGGACGAGAUCGAAAACAUGGUUAAAAACGCCGAGCAGUACGCACAGCAAGACAAAGUGAAAAAAGACAUCAUUGAGGCCGUCAACCAGGCAGAGGGAAUUGUACACGAUACCGAAACAAAAAUGGAAGAAUAUAAGCUACAAUUGCCAGAGGAAGAAUGCAGUAAACUCAGAGAAGAAAUCAGUAAAGUUAAGGAACUGCUGGCGAAGAAAGAGGAAGGCGACCCAGAAGAAAUCCGCAAAGCCACAGGAGAACUGCAGAAGAGUUCUUUGAAAUUAUUUGAAAUGGCUUACAAAAAGAUGGCAGCUGAGAGGGAAGGCAGCAGCAGCCAGCAAACUCCAGAACAAACAGAAGAACCCAAAGAGAAGAAAGAAGAUAAAAACUAAGUUUCAAUUAAACACCACAAAAGACUUUCGAAUAAUUGAUAGUGCGGCGGCCAAGCAACUAAACAAGGUGCUGUUUCACUGUUUGGUUGCAAACCCAAUGUUUUUCUAGUUAAACAAGUGCGAAAAUGUGAUCAUUUGCGUGACUUAAUUGGAAAAUUAGUUCCGACUGAUGUGAACGGGGGCUUCGCCUAGAAGUGGAGGGUUCUGAAAUGUUCAUAGUUAUUUUUUUUAUUCCAAGAAUAGCAGUGUUAGUGUACAGAUUUUAGUUCUUGUCAAUUUCGAUUCGAAUUCCAGAUUUAAUGAUGAAAAGUCGGCUUCUUGGCAGAAAUCUCUGUGUUAUGAGUUGUUAAUUUUUUAAAUAUGUAUGUAUAAUACAAAUUUGUAGAAAAUA